CUUUCUUUCCUGUUUGUCGUUCGAUAAUAAAACUCCUUAUUAUCCUUAUUUUUAAUGACCACAUGCUUUUACACAAUCUGAGCAUCAAUGUCUUUGAAGCAUGCAAAACCCAAACUCAGCCAUUCUCAGGUGUACGAGAUGGUGCUGAAGCUCUACAGACUGACCCCGUCUGUAAUUCAGCCACUGCCCAGCUACGAUGACCAGAACUUUCACAUAUUGGCAAGCGAAGGCAGCGAGUAUGUCCUGAAGAUCAUGAACUCAGAAGACAGUAAGAACCCCAACCUGAUAGCGAUGCAAACCUACGCCAUGUCCUUCCUUCACGAGCAUGGACUUCCUACCCAAGCAGCUUUGUCCACUACUAUGGGACAUCUCAUGAGCUUGGAAGAAAUCGACUGUGGUUUUGGCUGUCAGAAGUAUCUUGUCAGGCUGCUGACUUACUUGCCUGGAACCGUUAUUUCCAAGGUUACCCUUUCACCACAGUUACUUUAUGAAACUGGCAAGAUGGCUGCCAAAAUGGACAAGGUCCUGGAAAAGAUGGAACACCCUCAUCUUAGUGUCCUGCAGAGAGAGAAGUUCAUCUGGAGUCUGUCGAACAUUCCACUUCUGGAAGAGUACCUCAGUAUGCUCGAUGGAGAUGCUCUUCAAGACGUUGUGAAGUCUGUAAUUCAGCAGUACAAGGUCACCGUGAUCCCAAAUCUUUCCAAUUUCCGCAAAUGUAUUAACCAUGGUGACCUCAAUGACCUCAAUAUUCUUGUGCAACCUGAUGAGAGUGACGGUUACAAGAUUUGUGGCAUCCUUGACUUUGGAGACAUGAACAGAGGCUACUAUGUUUACGAGCUGGCUAUCACCAUCGUGUACAUGAUGACGGAGCACCCAAAGCCAAUGGAGGUGGGUGGGCCUCUCCUGGCGGGUUGGGAAAGUGAGCUUCCCCUGAAUGAAGCUGAGAAAAAUGCCCUCUAUAUCCUGGUUGUGUCCCGCUUCUGUCAGUCAUUGGUUUUAGCUCGAUACAUGGUGUCCAUACACCCUGAAAAUGAAGAAUAUUUAAUGAUUACGUCUCAGAAGGGUGUCUCUGUACUGCCUCAGCUUUGGGACAUGGGGAAGGAGCAAGCAGAGGUGAUGUGGUUCCAGAGUGCUGCACAAUACAAUGACAGGAAAUGAGGAAUAUGCAGACA